GUAACAAGCUGUGAAAAAUAUUCAGUCAGAUCUAAAUUUCAAUUUUAUUUUUUAUUGAAAAUUUUUAAGCUGAAAACCGUUUUAUAUAUAAAAAUUUGCAUAAAAGGAAAUAAUUAAAAUUAAAUUGAUAAAACUACUUGCAAACUAUGUCCUCGCUACGCAUAACAAAUUGGCUAACAAAAUCUCUGCUGAGAUUUCGGAAUGUGAAAAAUUUCCAACAAGUCUAUCAGAGGUACUACGCCGAUGAUUCGCGUGUGACGAAAGGACUUGUGAUCGGCCUAUAUCAGAAGGAGGGCGAGAAGGAUGCAAAGCUAACGUCGAGUGGAGAGAAAUUCGAUGACCGUGUGCAGGGCAAAGUAUCUGAGUUAAUCAAAGAAACGAAUCUAUCUGGAAGAUUGGGCAGAGGAAAGGUUUUCAAUAACAUUGAUCAGGAAUUUCGAUCUAUAGCAGUGGUCGGUGUUGGGCGUGAAGGCGCUGGUUUCAAUGAGUUGGAAAUGUUGGAUGAAGGCAUGGAAAAUGUACGUGUAGCAGCUGGUGUCGGUGCACGCAGCCUGCAAAUGCAAGGCUGUUCCGAGGUUUUCGUCGAUUCAAUGGAAUAUCCCGAACAAGCUGCCGAGGGCAGUGCUUUGGCGAUUUGGCGUUAUCAAGAUAAUAAAAUGAAAAAAGACAGAACAAUAAUUCCCAAAUUAGAAUUGUACGACUCACCCGACAUAGACGCUUGGACACGUGGUCUUUUUAAAGCCGAAGCACAAAAUCUUGCACGUCGUCUUAGCGACGCACCAGCCAACCAAAUGACACCCACCACAUUUGCACAAGCAACCGUCGAUGCAUUAUGCCCUUGUGGUGUCACCGUGGAGAUCCGUACAAUGGAGUGGAUAGAGCAACAGCAUCUAAACUCGUUUCUAAUGAUUGCGAAAGGUUCGUGUGAGCCGCCUGUUCUGCUGGAGAUAAGCUAUUGUGGCACAGCGCCUGAAGAUAAACCUAUACUACUGUUGGGCAAGGGUAUGACGUUCAAUAGUGGCGGUCUCUGCUUGCGCCCAUGCAAAGGCAUGGAUGAAUAUCGUGGCGCCAUGGCCGGUGCUGCCGUAGUGGUCGCUGCAAUUCGUGCCGCCGCAGCUUUAUCAUUGCCCAUUAAUAUUUCCGCUGUUAUACCACUUUGCGAGAAUAUGCCUUCGGGUAUGGCCUGCAAGCCAGGUGAUGUGGUCACGUUACUCAACGGCAAAUCAUUGGCGAUACGCGACACGGAUAAAGCCGGUGUUGUGGUGAUGGCUGAUCCAUUGAUCUAUGCGCAGACUACUUACAAGCCACGUCUGGUCGUUGAUGUGGCCACGCUUGGCAAGGGUGUCAAAAAGGCAUUGGGUGGUGGAGCUACAGGCAUAUUUUCGAAUUCGCACUACAUUUGGAAACAAUUCCAAAAGGCUGGCUCACUAACAGGCGAUCGCAUGUGGCGCUUACCAUUGUGGAACUACUAUAAAUAUCUGGUAACGAACCAUGUAAGUUUUGAUGUCAGCAACAAUGGUUCUGGCCCAGCUUCAUCUUGUCUGGCAGCCGCAAUAUUGCACCAAUUUGUGCCAUGUGUCGAUUGGGCUCAUUUGGAUAUACGUGGUGUUGGUAUGUUGACUAAGUACGGCACUCUGCCAUAUUUGUUGAAGGAUCGCAUGACCGGCCGCCCAACUCGUACCAUGAUACAAUUCCUAUAUCAAAUGGCCUGUCCAGACCAACAGAAGUAGUAGUAGAAGUAAGCGUAUAAACGCCCAUUUUUCUACUCAUCAAACCCUGCCACGACGCGCCUGAGAGGCCCUCAAAGAAGAAGAAGAAGAAGAAGAAGAAGAAGAAAUGUAUUUGUAUAUGAAGAUGUGUGUAGUAAUGUCCUGAGGUCAAAAUUUUAUCUGUGUUUUAAUUGUUUCUUUCUUAAUAAUUCUAAAUGGCGAUGUUUAUAUAUUUUUGAUUAUUGCUGUGACAUGUUCUACUCAAUGCAAAUACAUAUAUUUUUAAAAUAUGAUUUGUAUUAAAAAAUUG